UCCUCAUUGAAGCCCAUGGCAAUUCAGACGGGCGAUUUGAAGUAUUUCUCCGUUUUGUCGCUGGUCUCUCCUCCCCACGGACAGCUUGGAUCCUGGAGGAGUUUCUGGGUAAAUUCCCUCAUCAAACCAUCUGCCGAGUGAGUGACUGGGUGAAGGGGGAGGUUAAACGCUGGGCUAGAAACACAGAGACUGUCGCUGGUAAACGGAGGCUCCUGAACACGAUGCACUACCUGUUUGAGUCUCAGAAUCCUGCACUGGCUCAGCAGACACUGGGAUCUGUGGAAACACUUACAUUCUAUGGACUGGGACUGACCCCGAUUGACUGUGCGGUCCUGUCUCAUGCCAUCAGGCUCUGUGAUACAAUCAAACACCUCGAUCUGGGGAACUGCCGCAUUCAGUGUGAAGGUCUCCAGCGGCUGGGACCGGUUCUGCACAAGUGUCAACGCUUGAGACUGGGACACAACGACCUGGGAGACUUCGGAGUGAAACUGGUGUCUGCGGCUCUGAGGAACCCGGACUGUAAAAUACAGAUACUGUGGCUGCAACUUGUCGGUCUCACAGAUUCUGGAGCCAAGAAUCUCGUCUCCGCUCUCAGUACAAACACCUCACUGAUGGAGCUGGACCUGACAGGGAACUCCCUCACAGACCGAUCUGUCCCCGCUCUCCGCGACCUCAUUCUGACCCUCCCGAGACUGGAGUGGAUCGGGCUGGAGAAGAAUAAGUUCAGUCCAACAGGGAAGAAGGAACUGAGGUCGCUGCAGGAACCCAGACCUGGACUGACAGUGAUCGUGUGAACAUCUCGUGGUGUAAACGUCACCGCCCUGGGGACCGGAAUAUUGUUGGCCGAUUCCCCGCACUCCCUCCCCUUUAAACGGCCGCCGUCCCUCCCCUUUAAACCCCGACGCUUCCCGGGCGGUGACGUCAGAGGCGGCCCUGCCCGCUGUCACGUGCCCUGGGUACUCUGCGCUGCUGAUGCUGCUGAUGAUGCCAGAUAUCCGGUGCUGCCUGCCUGCCAUCCAAACAUAGAAAAUAGGUGCCG